CUGAUUGCGGUCAUUGACCGGGCGGCAAAGUUCAGACUUCGAUAAAGUUCAGUUACUAGCUAGGGGCUCCAGCUUGCAUCAAACAUUGUGGCUACUGGAGAGGCCAAAUGGUUCCCUAAAGACUCAAGUCACAAACCUUGGAUGGCUUCCAACCUCCUUUCUUUGGACUGAAGACCUGAUAAAAUUCACCAAGAUGGCGACUGACAAGAAAGUUUACCAGUUCAUUGCUCAAGAGGCAUCUUUGUUUUCUGGAAAGAUCCGACCCUACCUACAGUACAAGAACAUCCCGUAUGAGACGGUCAUACCAUCUGUCCAGGUACGACAGGAGAUCAUGAUCCCCAGGGUGGGGUGGAGCGUGAUUCCCGUCAUCAUCACCCCCGGGGACAGAGUGGUCCAGGACACCACCUCCAUCAUCGAGUACCUGGAGCAGGAGCACCCCCACCCCUCGGUGGUACCUCCCACCCCCAGACAGAACCUGGUGUCCCUGCUGCUGGAACUGUUUGCAGACGAGUGGCUGAUGAUCCCUGCCAUGCACUACAGGUGGAACAAAGCUGAGAACAAAAAGUAUAUAGACCUCCAGUCUGGCAGAAUUAUCAAGGAACAUUUCCCGCCACUCGAGCAGAUGGAAAACAUGGACGACUUCAAGGGUUACAGGUUCUUUAAGAACUCCAUCCAAUACAUGGGAGUGAACAAGGACACCACAGCAGAGAUUGAGCGGACGUACCAGGAGUUUCUCCAGGAUUUCCAGCAGCACCUGAACAGUUACCCCUACCUGCUGGGGUACCGACCGUGUGUGGCAGACUUCGCUUUCUGUGGGCCUCUGUACGCACAUCUGUACAGGGACCCUGUCCCAGGUUACCUGAUGAAGUGCCAGGCCCCUCUGGUGGCCAGCUAUGUGGAGAGAAUGAACGGCGCAGUGUUGAGUCCCUCCCAUGAUGUGGUGGACGGAAAAGCUGUGAAGAAGUCUGUACCUCCUGAUAAACAGGGCUUCUUGCCAGGAGAUGAGAUCCCAGCGACCCUGGAGCCGCUCCUCCGCCGGAUGUUCACUGAGCAGGUGCCUGUCCUGCUGGACACGGUCAAGAAAGUCACUCAGUACAUGAAGGACAAUCCGAAAGUCGACGUUCUCCCACGAGUGAUUGGUUUCCACGACUUCCGCCUGGGUGAUAUCGCCAGUCAGCGCGGCAUCUACACCUACCCCAUCUGGAUGCUGCAGCGAAUCACGGCCUACUACAGCAGUCUGUUGCCAGGGCAACAGCAGAUGAUUGACAGAUUCCUAGACAGGUAUCCAGGAGGCCAUGAGCUGGUGAAGGCCGACCUGUCGGGCUGCAGGGUGGAGAGGAUGGAUGUCAGGGUCAGAAGGGUGGAGUCUGCUCAAGCAAAACUCUAAAUCUGACUCUAGAAAGGGUAGAGAUGAACGUUCAAAUUU